AUGGAAGGCCAAGAAACUAGUAGUUCGGAAACUCACCUCGAUUUUUCUGUUCUUCCGGAUGUUCCCCUUCUUCGGGUACUAGAUUACUUGCCAGGACUACAAAUUGAAAAAUGUCGGGGAAUUUCGCGGCUUUUUCAUGGACGUAUUGAUAUGAAUCGGAAAUCGCUGCCCACCGUACAAGUUGAGCCAACUGUCUUCAUCACGAUUUUCUUCAAAGACCGCGAGCCAUGCUGGCGAAGGUAUGGAGCUGCUCCAUUGAAGAAAGCACUCAAGAGAUUCGAUCACAUGUUUCCACGAAUGCAGGUUGAAAGUCUCCAUUUGGAGCUUGAGUAUUUCGACGACACCACGUUUCAUCAAUUGCUGAAGAGGUUUGAGGACUUCAACUUUCGUGGUGAAAAUACCCCAUUGACAUCCUCAUUCUGGCAAGAUAAAUGCAUUCGAGAUUGUCGGGAGCUGUGCAUUGGGACGAAAAAUUUGUGCUUUGAUGAUCAGGUGCUCUUGAAUUUUGCCUCUCUGAAUUACAUGCUUGGUCGCACUGCUUGUACAUUUAACGGAAUCGCCUCAUUUCUCAACGAAUGGAAAGCCGGAACCCGAGAAGUGACAAAGAUACGACUAUGGGUUCAAUCUGAUCUGAACAUCAGAGCGUUCUUUGCGAUGUUGUCUUGGAAUGUCAAAAUUCCAACGUCGGACUACGGCGAUGAUUUCGACUAUCAUACAGUUAUUACGAAUUCCCUGGGCAAGAAGCUCGAGCUAUGGAUCGAGGAAAUCACGAAGACGAAGGACUUUUGUUUUGAGAUGAUGGACGACGACUACGACGAGGACUUGUACCCCAUUUUUUUGGUCGCUGCUUUCGGGGCGUUUGGAGACGAAUACAUGGCGUUUCACUCCUCUCUUUUUCUCCUCAUCCAAGAUGAC